AUGUCAUUUAAUUUUAUAAGUGAGAUUCUAUUUGGUUCUGGUUGUAAAGUGGCUGGUUUCCUGACAGUAUUUGCCAGUGAAUUAUCUAUAUUUACUCUUACGGUUAUUACAUUAGAACGAUGGUAUGCGAUUACUUAUGCCAUACAUCUCAACAAACGAUUACGACUAGGAAUGGCUGCAAAGAUAAUGAUUUGUGGGUGGAUUUAUGCCAUAACAAUGGCGAGUUUACCUCUCGUAGGAAUUAGUGAUUACGCUAAAACUAGUAUAUGUCUCCCAAUGGAAAACAAAACUCGUUCAGAUUUAACCUAUCUCACUACGCUACUGACCAUCAAUGGACUUGCAUUUCUCCUUAUUUGUCAAUGUUAUGGAAAAAUGUACUUAUCUAUUACUCGACAGCAAUCAAGAGCCACAGCAAAUGACAAAACUGUAGCUAAAAGAAUGGCCAUGCUAGUAUUUACAGAUUUUGCCUGUUGGGCACCGAUAGCGUUCUUUGGUCUAACGGCUAUCGCCGGAUAUCCACUUAUCAAUGUCACCAAAUCUAAAAUUUUAUUGGUAUUUUUUUAUCCGCUCAAUUCAUGCGCCAAUCCUUUUCUUUACGCCAUCCUCACGAAGCAGUACCGUCGCGACUUCUUCAUUUUGCUCAGUCGUUAUGGUCUCUGCACCAAACGUGCCAUGAGGUACAAGGGGACCUACACGUGCAAUCGUGGAAUCAGAACAGGUACCUUGUGCCUCCAAAGAGGCCGAUAUGCUCAAUACAAUGGCAUAAAUAUGAUUUUGCUGUGGGAUGAUCUGGGAGGAUGA